GGCUUUAAGACCGGUAUUCAUAGUCAGAUCUUAUAUUUAAGACCGUCUUAAGUUUAUCUUCAGAUGAUGAACGGAUCAUUUCAUUGGCUACGGAGUAUCUGAAGAUGAACUUAAGCAGUCAAAAAUAAGACCCAACUAUGAUUACCGGCAUAAAUAUCCUCAACAAAAGAGAGAGAGAGAGAGAGAGAGAGAGAGAGAGAGAGAGAGAGAGAGAGAGAGGGAGCCGGUAAGGUUAGGAAUGCCGCGACAGUGGAGAAGUGAAACUGACUAGUUGGUAAAAUUAUCGCAGCAAAAAAGUUGUUUGAUGCUACAAACUACUUAUUACCUUUGAAACUUGCUUGCGUUUCAACUUACCUGAAAUCGUACACUGGCACUGUGAUUCGUUACCUUAAUAAUGACACAUCGUCGAGGUCGCGGUCGCGGUCGAGGUCGUGGUCGCGGUAGAGGUAGAGGAACAGAGCAAGAUUCCUCAGAUACGGAAUACACACCUAAAACCUCCGAAAAAAGAGAUGCUUCUCAAUCGAAAGCAGUAAAGAACGAGUCGGGUUUAGACAGCACAACAGCGGCGGCAGAGUUUACUGUCGUAAAUACCAAGGACGCCGUAACGCCGGAUUCGGAUGCUCAGAAUAUCGAGAAAGACAUACAAAUGGUGACAUGUGCUAAGUGUAAACAGCAAGUGCCAAGAAAACAAUGGCCCUCGCACAACAUGUAUCGACACAAUAACAUGGCAUGGCGACAGGGUGAAGUAAAACUGGACUUUGACAAUGACAUUAAAUUGUUAAAAAAAGUGCUAGCGUGUGCUGUUAAGAAAAAAAGGAACUUAACUUGUGAGGACUGCGGAGUUGUGAAACUAAGUGCCAAUGGUUUUAUAUCGCAUAUCAAAUUUUGUGGAAAAACAGAGGAAGAAAGACAAGCAUUGAUGAUGACGUGUCCAAUUUGCAACUCUGUUAUGAUGCCUUCCUCAAUGGAAAUGCACGAACGUUGGCACAGACAAUCGGAACGAAAUAAAAAUAAGGAGGUAUCGGUUAUACUGACAGAGAAGGUGAAACGAAAAGCGGCAGAAAAAGCAAUUCCAAAGAUACAACAGUUUGCCGAAUCUAUGAGGGAACAAAAUCCAUGCGCGACAAGAAUCAAACUUGAAUCGGCCACUCUUAAAAAUGCAAUACAAGUGCCGGAACUCAAGAAAAAAAUACCAUUUGUUUGGAAAGGUAUAUGGAGGAAAGAAUUGGCUUCGCAGGGUAUUGUAUCCUGCAAGCAAAUGGGAUGCACUUACACGUGUUCCUCUUACGAAAGUAUCUGUGAACAUUAUUCUCAAUGUAACUUUAUUCCGCAAAAGAAUUAUAUGUGCAAAAUCUGCAAGUUUUUGGCAGAUUCUCGAGACAAGAUUGAGAAUCAUAUAACAGAAUCUCAUACAAACGGGGAAAACUUUGAAAAAGAUUCCGACUUUGAGAAAGACGAAGUAAAUUCAUCAGAUGACAGUAUAAUUGAGUAUGACACAAAACGAAAAAAUCGUUCGUUCAAGUUAACGCAAGUGAGCUCCGACAGUACAAGAACCAGCAAUAAAGCGUCUUUUUUGAGUAGAGAGCCAAUGCAAAGGCCGCAAUCAACUAAAACUUAUAGGCCAGCUUUAAAUUGGACCAUGAAGUUCGAGUUAGAAAACUUCGAACUUGAUCUAUUCCAAGAUUAUGUGCCAAACGUUUUCAUGUUAUUAAGAGAUGACGAUAGCGCAAAGUACCUCCCGGAGCUGACGAGUUCAAUGGCUAUGAAAUGUGUGAAUAUUAAUUCGUCGGAAGAUUCUGUUAGCGAUAACUGGAAGCGUAUGAGCAGAUUCGAGGGCAGCAUUUGUGGCGGUACAUUACGCAAGUUUAAUCAUGUGCCGACUUUUUUUUCCGGUGGUCCCAUAUGGGCGUCAGCCUGGUUACCCAUUCCGUUAUCUAUAUACGCUAAAAUUCCGACACAAUACGUCGCAAUCAGCACGCAUCCCACUAUGGGAAGCGAGUACGCAAUAGGAAAGAGUUAUUCAGAAUCAAACAUCAUACAGAUAUGGGAUGUCGGGCCAUUGGAUCACGUAAGUAAUAGCACAAACCGAUCCCCUAUUUUAGCGUACGCGAUUGUGCACAACAGCGGUACGGUUUGGUGUUUGGAAUGGUGUCCGUCUGGAUGCUAUCAGGAUACCGAUCUUUGUAAUUAUAAAGCGGAAAAAGGAAAACUCCGACGAAUGGGACUGCUCGCGGCAGCAUGUUCCGACGGUUGCGUAAAUAUUUAUUCGUUACCAUUUGCGGACGAGCUCGGAUUCGAAAGAGCGGAACAUAAUUCGUGGCCGAUUUACAAGACCGAGCCGGUAGCAACACUAGUGGUAAAUCUUUCCAUGUAUGAUAACAACAAGCAAAAUUGGCAGUGCAGCAAGCUAUCAUGGACGAAGCAACACGGGCACGAUAUCAUCGCAGCUGGUUUCACAAAUGGUUACAUAGCAUUGUGGUAUCUUACAACCACCUCGCCUCUAUUGCUCAACGUACGGAAAGACACGAGAUUUAUAGACGCGUAUCAGCAUUUCUUCGCUCAUCAUAACGCAGUCAGCAUGAUAGCGUUAGUUCCAUACCAUGGGAAGCGAUAUCUAGCUUCCGCUAGUGUAGAUAGAACGUAUAAAUUUUGGGACUUGGAAGAGACGAGCGUGCCGCAAAACUGUUCGAAGAAAGGCAUAAUAGUCGACGGUGCGUGGAUGACACACUGGCCCUGCUCCGUUAUUAGUUUCGACGAUGCGCUUGGAUUAAAUUGUACGCACUCCUAUAUAAUACCUCUGAGAGAACACGGAUAUAAAUAUUGUCCGAUUUUGGCGACAAAUUCGCCGACUUACACUGUCACCGUUUCCGACUAUGCCAACGGUAUUGCACAUGGUACAUUAGCUGGAGAAAUAUUAACCAUAUUCCCUCAUCAAUUAUUAUAUACGGACAAAUUUCUACCCAGGAAAAGGCAGUUAAAUUCCGUCAUUAAAACAAUAGAUUUUUUAAAAGAACAACAAAACUUGUCUAGCGAGAACAAUGACGAUAAAAAUGACAAGACUUGCAAGGAUUAUCGUUAUAUGCCGGCAGACUACAACGAAUGCAAAGACCGUUUCGGCAUUAUCUUUCACGACAAUUUGACGAACUUGAAAGGGAACGUCAAAACGGAUAAGCAGCAGGACAUUUUGUACAAUGAAAAGUUGAUACCCGUUCCUAUUGAACAGCAUCCAUUUACAUCUGUGAACAGGGUGGUUUGGAAUCCAAACGCAUGGAGCUAUUUGUGGCUUAUGGUGAGCUAUCAGAAUGGCUUAACGAGACUAUUGAAUUUCAAGUCCAUGUCUGCACCUCGUGAAAUGGAGACUUUGCUGUCGUCGCACGCAAAAUCUUAGCUUGCUAAAACGAAUUCAUUGGCUCAGAAACUACUGUAAAGUUAUUUGAUUUGGAAAUCGCUUAUACAAACGAAAUACUGUAUAAAAUGUGUCUAUUUAUUUCCGUUAAAAUGCGUCUAAGUGUAGAUUAACAAACUAGUUGUUUCGGACUUCCGUUAUAACAAGGAAUAAAUUUUUGCCUCAACAUUUA